AUGGAGGAGGCUGCAACUCGUCUAAAUAGUAAGCUACAACCUUUAUGGCCCUGACCGCCAUGCCAGAAUUUUACAUUAAUUGGUUUUCCCUCAUGUAAGCCUAGGGGUCGUUCGGCUCGUGGGGCUUCUCUUCAACAUGCUUUCUUGUGUGCCAAAUCAGAGUUGUUGUGUAUAUGGCUGUAUUUCAUAUAGGCCUACAUUUUUGUACAUGUUGUAUGUGGGACCAAUACCAUGUGUAGCCUACUAAAGCAUAUGUGGGAACUCCUUCGAGACUGUUGGAAAGCAUUCCAGGUGAAGCUGGUUGAGAGAAUGCCAAGAGUGUGCAAAGCUGUCAUCAAGGCAAAGGGUGGCUAUUUGAAGAAUCUCAAAUAUAAAAUAUAUUGACAAGCUUAGUUUCAACGCAACAGUAGAGGAGGAGGGGACAGGCAAGUCAUUAAUCACAAGAAUUUGGAAAUGGGAAAAGUGAUGACAUAAUUUGCCUGAAGUCUAAUGAAAACAGCUUUUUUUAUUGAGAGUGAACGGCAUGAUGUCAAUAUGUUUAAUUAGAUCAUGAAGGCCUGUUUGUUUGACCUUCGGUGCUACAUCAUAAUGUUACAUUCAUUUUAUUUAAUUAAUGUAUUCUGUUUUUGAUCAUGUUAAAAAAUCUUAUGUAAGCUGCACUGCAAUUCAGCUUCUGCAUUGUGAACUGCCAUUGUGCAUCAUGGUGGCACGUGUGGUUGUGAAAUAAACCAUGCUAUUAUCAUUUGUUUUUCUUUGACAGGUAUUACACAGUCAGAGGAAAAACACAUAGCACUCUCCUAUCUGAUUGGAAAACUCACAUUUGUCGACAAACCCAAAAUCUAUGAACAUGGAUCAAUUAUCAAGGGCAAGGUAAGUCCAAAUCCAGUGUUAUUGUUUCUUGUACUUUGUUGAAUUGUGGAUGCCAUUUGCUCUUUGACAUUCCUGUUUACUUAACUACCAAUGGUAGGUAACAGUGACGUAUGUAGCAUCACUUCAUAGAACUUUCCCCCCUUUUUCCUCAGAUAAACUUUGUUCACUUCAACAACACACCUAUCUCUGACAUGUUAGUUUACCUGUUGGAGAAGAAAGGCUGGUCCUCACAUCGUCUCCAGAACCUAACCACGGACAGUCAUGGUAUUGCCAGUUUCUCCCUCAACACAACCAGUAUGCCCAAAGAGAAUAUUAACCUCAUAGUAAGUAUGAUUCCUUCUAGGCUUUGAAAGACUUUGAGACUCCGAAGACUCUUCAUGCGCUAUCCCAAAUCACCCGCUUGACCCUACUCCCUAGGGUCUAUCAUGCUCUUGUGGAGAUCUGAGAAGAUUCCCUUGGUAUAAUAAGCAAUAUGGUGAACUUCCACUUAGCCUAUCAGAGGGCAAGGUGGAGCUCUAAGGGUUGAUUUGGGAUUGAGCCAUCGUAGGGGAGGGUUGAUCCAGUACGCCAUCGUAGGGGAGACCGUCCCAAAGGGCUCCGUGGAUGUCAUCUACCUGGUGAGUAGAACCAGGAACAAGUUGUGACAACCUGCAAACCCAGGGUGUGUCUGAAAUGGAACCCUAUUCUCUAGUGCACUAUUUUGACCAGGGUUAUUUCAGACCUAGUCCCAGCCUCUCACCUUCAAAGAAAGGAUGUCCCUAUACAACACCAAUACUCCUCAUCAUCUCCUUCUUGCUGACUUGAUGGGAUAACUGUUUUUCCCUCCUCCACACAAUAGUUCAGCAUGGACACAUGAAGGUUACCUGGUGAGGGAGUUUCAUUAAGUAAUUAUGAACAUACUGGAAUGUGCUUGAUGACAAUGAUAGUGUGACAUGCUCUUGCUUUGCAGUAACUGAGGGGGAAAUCACCUUGAAGUUGGUAGUGGUUCCAGAGAUGGCGCCAUUGGUACAGGUCCUGGUGUACAGUAUGCUACCCAGUGAGACUGUCAUCGCCCACAGCAUGAACCUCCCCACUGAGAAAUGCUUCAGGCACAAGGUGUGUGUGUAUGUGUGCAUGCGUCUCUGAGUUAGUCAUAUCCUCAGUGACUGCACAUCACAAACAUAGUGUGUUCAUUUUAUGGAAGGUGAACAUGUAAUAUUAUUUGCAAAAAUAACUCUGUAGUAAAUACUACAGUAAUGUCCGCUAAAACACAACACUUUAACAAUAGGGAAUACUACAGUAUAUAAUUAGCAUAUACCCUGCCCAUUCCCCUCCCCCAUAUCACAAUUUGUGCCACUCAUAAGUGAGAAACCUACAUAUAGUGAGACCUACAUAAGUGAGAAACCUAACAUAUACUGUGUUCCCUACAGGUUAUAGAUAACAGCAGCUCUGAACUACCCGUCCAGACCCCAGUCCUACCUACCUACCUACCGACAGGCAAUGGAUAAUUUGCUCUUGUAGUAUUUCUCCAGUAGGUUUCCUGAAGUUUCCUCCACUUUAAUGUCAAAGAUAAUAAAAACAAAAACACUAUAGUAAAUACUACAGUAAUGUCCGCAAAAACACUACAGUAAAUUAUACUACAAUCCGAUAAAACACUACAGUAAAUACUACAGUAUAGUACAGUCUGCAAAAACCCUACAGUAAAUACUACGGUAUACUACAAUCCGCAAAAACAAUAUAUUAAUUACUAUGGUAUAUACUACAGUUUUAUUUUACUACAGUAUUUAUAUAUAGUUAAAUGUAAAUACUACAGUGAAUACUACAGUAAAGUCAGCAAAAAUUUGCAGUAUUUAUAGCAUAGUAUACUACUAGUUUUGUUUUACGUUUGUAUACACGGGCAUGAUGAUGUCUGCUCUGUAACAAUAAAAAUGCACUAUCUUGAGUUCAUAUGCAUGACACAUUGCAAAAAUACUAUGCAUAUUAUGCAUAAAACUGACCAAAUGUAAUCAUCAUUUGUAUGGAGUAUGGUGGCCAUUGGCUCAACUUACCCCAUGGUCAUUGGCAAACAUCAUGAUGACCUCUUCCUAAAGAUUUGGUCAAAUUAUGUAUUUUGUAUAUGGUUUCCUGGAAACAAGGGGUAGUUAAAUUAACCCUUUGGCUCAAAUUACCCCACUCCACUACAGGGUGCACCGGGUGUGAUUACAGCUAAUGGAUUUCCACCUCCGCCAGCCAUAGAGUCAGUCGGUCCGUACGUUCUUCCCCAGUACAUGGAUAUCGGAUCUUGGGGAAGUUCGUUAAGUGCACUUCACAGUGAGGCUGACCUCGGGUGAAAGCCCUCUUAGCGCUUGCCUAAUAUCAAAACAUACAGUAGUGGUGUAGAUUAGGAACCUGUACCUCUUUAAGCUGCAUUAGAGAGUAGGCCAGGUUUCUCUAAGGAAAGAGGUCCUCUUAGCUAAAUGGGACUCCAUGGUUACAUAAAGCUUAAAUACAUUUUGAAAAUUAAAACAAACAGUGUUCAAUUAAUUUAUACAGUAAUACUCCAUUGUUCUCUAUGGGACACUUAGUGGCUUUCUGUUUGAAUUCUGACCUCUGUAUUACAGGGAGUCUGGAUCAGCAGAUGUGCCCCUCAUUGUCCCAGACACCAUCACCACCUGGGAGACAGAGGCAUUCUGCCUGGCCCCUGGCGGCUUCAAUCUGGUUCCUCCAGUGAAACGUACAGUCUUCCAACCCUUCUUCCUGGAACUCACCCUGCCCUAGUCCAUCGUCCGUGGAGAGCACGUUGAGCUGAAGGUCACUGUGUUCAACUACAGUGGCUUGCGAAAGUAUUCACCCCACUUGGCAUUUUUCCUAUUUUGUUGCCUUACAACCUGGAAUUUAAAUGGAUUUUUUGGGUGUUUGUAUCAUUUGAUUUACACAACAUGCCUACCACUUCGAAGAUGCUAAAUAUAUUUUUUUGUGAAACAAACAAGAAAUAAGACAAAAAAAACAGAAAACUUGAGCAUGCAUAACUAUUCAGCUUGAUCCUUCUGCCGACGAAUGGCCCCCUGGAGACGGACUUGGGCGGCGUCCCAGACCUGUCCGGCCCUGCGGAACCACUCGUCGACAGCGGGCGCAUCGGUCUGGCUGGGUGUCCAAGGGGCCAGGGCCGGCUGGUACCCCAGGACGCAUUGGAAGGGAGUGAGCCCCGUGGAGGUGUGAACGAGGGAGUUCUGGGCAUAUUCUGCCCAGGGAAGAAACCUUGCCCACUCACCCUGCCGGUCCUGACAGUGGCAACGAAGAAACCUCCCCAGCUCCUGGUUCAUGCGCUCCACCUGCCCAUUUGACUGAGGCCUAUACCCGGAGGUGAGGCUGGCCGUGGCCCCGAUCUUCUCCAGAAAAGCUUUCCACACUUGGGAGGUGAAUUGGGGGCCACGGUCCGAGACGAUGUCCUCUGGAAGUCCAUAGUGCCAGAAGACCUGUUGGAACAGGACCUCAGCGACCUGGAGAGCAGAAGGAAGACCAGUUAGUGGCAAAAAACGGCAUGAUUUUGAGAACCGAUCUACAACCACCAUGACUGUGGUGAAGCCAUCAGAACGUGGAAGGUCGGUGACAAAGUCUAUGGACAGGUGUGACCAAGGUCGCUGAGGCACUGGUAGAGGAACUAGUUUGCCUGCCGGGGCGUUCCUAGGCAUCUUCGUUUGGGCACAUACGGAACAGGAGUAGACAUAGCGAGAGACAUCAGAAGCCAAGGUGGGCCACCAGUAUUUUUGUGCUAGAGAAUGCAGGGUGCGCAUAAUACUGGAGUGCCCUGUCGUAAGGGUGGUGUGCGCCCAGAUCAGCAGGCGGUCACGGACACUGGUGGGUACAUACACGCGCCCCGGAGUGGUCCUCCUAAGCCGCCAGGUGGAUGUCUUCAUCCACAUCCUAAAUGACAGGUGCAACGAUGAGAGAUGGGGGCAGGAUUGGACCCCCCAGAUCCUUCCUCUCUCCGGUAUGGUGCAUCCUGGAGAGUGCGUCGACUUUCACAUUCUGGAAUCCUGGGCGGUAAGACAGAAUGAAUUGAAAGCGAGUAAGAAAUUGGGCCCACCUGGCUUGACGAGAGUUCAUCCGUUUCGAUGCCCGUAUGUGCUCCGAAUUCCGGUGGUCAGUAAGAAUCCGGAAUGGAUGAACUCUAGCCAGUGUCUCCAUUCCUCCAGAGGGAGGACCACAGCCAACAGCUCCCUGUCUCCAACUCCAUAGUUCCUCUCUGCGGGGGUAAGCUUUUUAGAGAAAAAGGCACAGGGAUACAUUUUCUCUGGCUUACCAUGCCGCUGGGAGAGGACCACAACCACGCCCUCCUCCGAUGUGUCCACCUCCAGGAUGAAAGGACACAAUGGAUAUGGGUGUUUUAGGAUGGCCGCUGUGGUGAACCUCUCCUUCAGCCUUUGAAGGCAGCGUCAGCCUCAGGGUUCCAGGCCAGCUUCUGAGGCCCACCCUUAAGGAGAGAGGUGAGCGGGGCGGCUAUGGAGCUGAAGGACCUGAUGAAACGCUGGUAGAAAUUGGCAAAGCCCAGGAAGCUCUGAAGGCCCUUGAUGAUGGUGGGGACUGGCCAUGACCUGACAACGUACAUCUUCGCUCUUUCCAUGAACACACCCUGAGGACUGAUCCUGUAUCCCAGGAAGGAGAUGGCCUGUUGGUGGAAAUCGCAUUUCUCCCCCUUCACCAACAGGCUGUGUUUUCCCGGAGGUGGAUUAGGACAGCUCUGACGUCCCUGACGUGCUCCUCGAACGUAGCCGAGUAGAUCAGGAUAUCGUCGAUGUACACCACCACCUGUCUACUCAGCAUGUCUCGGAACACGUCAUUGAUGAAGGACUGGAACACAGAAGGUGCGUUGGCGAGGCCGUAGGGCAUGACGCAGUAUUCAUAGUGGCCUGAGGUAGUGCUGAAUGCCGUCUUCCACUCAUCUCCUUCCCGGAUUCGGAUCAGGUUGUAGGCACUCCUCAGGUCCAACUUCGUAAAGUACCGGGCCCCUCAUAGCUGCUCGAUGGCCAACGGAACCAGAGGGAGGGGGUACCGGUACUUGGUGGUGACUGUGUUCAACCCCAUAUAGUCAAUGCACGGCCUCAGUCCUCCGUCUUUUUUGGCCACGAAGAAGAAGCUGGCAGAGGCAGGAGAGGUAGAGCGUCUGAUGAACCCCUGUUUCAGGGUCUCCGCCACAUACUUGUCCAUGGCCUUAGUCUCCGCCAUGGAAAGGGGGUAAAUACGACUCUUCGGGGGGUCCCUCCAGCAGGUCAAUGGCGCAGUCCCAGGGACUGUGAGGAGGGAGACACGUAGCCUUUGAUGAAGAGAAUACAUCAGAGAGAUCUGUGUACUCACGUGGAAUGUUGGGCUGGAGGGCGGACUCCGUACUCUCCACUGACGUGGAACAACAAACCACCGGCAGGCAGAUCUUCCGGCAUGAGGUGGACCAGGCUGUGAUCCUCUUGGUGAUCCAACUGAUGGUGGGGUUGUGUAGUCUGAGCCAGGGAAAUCCCAAGACGAUCCGGUGAAGGGGUGACGUGACGAUGUGGAAUGAAAGCUCCUCGUGGUGCGCCGGUAGUGUGGGAAUGGUGAUGGUGAGAGUGACGUGCGUAAUGGUGCCUGAUCCAAGUGGUUUAUUGUCCAGCGAGGUGACGUGUAGCGGAGAAGGCAGUGGCACAGUGGGCAACCCCCAUUCAGAGACCAGCUCCCUAUCUAUAAGGUUCCCCGCUGAUCCGGAAUCUAUCAUUGCAGUGGAAAUGGAAGAGAAGGAAUAACCAGUCACUGUUAUGGGAACUAAAAACAAUGGUUUUGUUAUGGGAGAUGACGUAACACUCACGGAGUGGCUACGGGAGUCAUACCGCCUAAAUUGGGAGCCGCCAGAAGAUCUGUGGUCCAUGGUGGUGUAGCGGGUGCUGCCCACCUCCAUGGGGCAGGGUGGCUUCCAUAGCUCAGAUGGGGUGCGCGUCGAGGCUCCGGGAGUUGUUGGGAACGCGGUCUGUCUCUCAACAUGUCGUCAAGACAGAUGGACAUGGCGAUGAGGGUAUCAAGGUCCAUCUCGUCGUCCCGACAUGCAAGUUCCAUCAUGAUGUCCUCCCGUAAGCCUCUCCUGAAGGACGUGUGCAGAGCACGCUUAUUCCAGCCGGAAGACGCCGCCACCGUGCGAAAGCUCAGAGCGUACUCGGACGUGGGCCCCUCUCCCUGUUGUAGCUGGAGGAGACGCUCACCCCCGUCCUUUCCCUCCGUGGGAUGAUCAAACACCGCCCUGAACCGAGCGAGGAAGGUGGAGUAGGGAGGCGUCUUUCCUUUAAGUAGCGAAAUCACCAGCGCUAACCUGGCUUGGUCAGAUGGAUAUGCCCCAGGCUGACGCGCCAGAUAAAGUGAAACCUGUAGCAGGAAGCCGUUACAUUUAGUAGUUUUACCGUCAUAGCGCUCCGGUAGGGCGAGGGUUCGCUCAGAAGUGGGUGAUAGCACAGGAACAGGUGGAUUGGAUGCACUCGCCGCUCCCUGAGGUGGAACCGGAGCGCUGGGCAGAUUAUGCAGAGUUUGGAGCACUUCAUGCAUGGCGGCGUUCAACUGGGCAAGCUGCUGCUGGUACUGGUCGAGGCAAUUGGAAACUCCUGCUGCAUCCAUUUUCGUGAGUGGUGUGUAAUUCUGUGAUGAGUACUGAGUAUACGAAGAGGCAGGACGCAGAUGCAGGAAUUAACAAGGUAAAGGUUUACUUAACAAUGCGAAAGAGAAUAACAAAGAGCAUGUAAACGACACGACGCUAACAAUUACGUACAACAAUGAACAAACAGUCCAGGGCUAUAUAGAGGUGGUGAUGAGAUGAUGAGGUGCAGGUGCGCUGGAGGUGAUUAGGGUGCGUUGGGUUUCCAUUCCUGUGUUUGCCGAGGUGGUGUGCUCAGACCGGUGGCUCAGUAGACCGGCGAAUCUGAGUGCCGGAGGGGAGCAACGGGAGGAGACGUGACAAAGGGGGAUGAAUGCUUUUGCAAGGCACUGUACCUGUCCGAGUGCAUCAUGGUACGGCACUGCACCACAAUCAUUUCUUGAGUUGUUGCAGUUGUCUAGUCAGUGUUUAUUUUUACACCCAGUGUAUCGGUCUUGGGUUUUCGAUGUUAUCUUACAAGUGUUCCUAUUUGGCAGGUUUCUGUGACUCCGGCUCACUCCUUAGACUACACUCUCACACCCUUGAAUGAUGUCCAGUACUCAUCAUGCUUGUGUGCCAAUGGACAAAAGACCUUCAGUUGGACAAUGGCACCAUCUGUCUUGGGUAAGUCACCAGUCUUCAUUCAACCGUUCAAACAGCAGAAUGGAUGUAAACCUGAGUUGUGUUCUCUCAGUCACCGUAUAGGAUGUUGUGUAACCUGUGCUGCACUCUGUCUGUCAAUGUGUGUGUAGGGGUUGUGAAUGUGUCCGUUAGUGCAGAGGCUGUCCAGUCCCACGCUGCAUGUGACAAUGAAAUUGUGAACGUACCAGAGAGAGGACGCAUCGACACAGUCACACAGAGCCUGCUGGUGAAGGUAUGUAGUCUACUGCUGUGGUGAAACUUACUGCUGUACAGAUACCAUCUAGUGUAACUGCCUUUGACUGAAAAUAAUCUCCUCUCUUGCAUCAAAUGUUCACUUUGAUUGAACUGAUCCUCUCCAUUCAUCUUAUCAUCUGUGUGUCUACAGCAGAAGCUCUGACAGAGGAGGAGGAACUGAACUGCAACUCCCCAAGAAUGUGGUGGAUGGAUCUGAUCGAAUUUCCCUCUCAGUCCUGGGUAAAAUAAACCAUUGUAUUGUUUAGAGAGGCAUAGUGAGUUUAGAGAGGCAUAGUGGUGGGAAAAGCAACCCUUCUCCAGUGAUAAUGCUACUGUUGCUAAAGAGGACAGUCUUACAGAAGUCCCAUGUUUACCUGUAGGUGACAUUUUGGGUCGGGCCCUCAAGAACCUGGAUGGACUGUUGAAGAUGCCGUAUGGGUGUGGUGAGCAGAAUAUGGCCCUCCUAGCCCCCAAUAUCUACAUCCUGGAGUACCUGAGGAACACAGAGCAGCUCACUCCAGCCAUCCGAGACAAGGCCACCAAGUUCCUCACUAGUGGUAAGAGAGGUCCUCAAAAUAUGGGUCGUACAUUAGGCACCAAAUGGAAGAAAACUGAGUUAAACAGGGCUGGAUUUGUCCAAAAAUAACCCUUUGUUUUCAUUUUCCAUUGAAGAACAUUUUUAAACGUUUCAUCACCGUGUGCCUUAAUGACUAUGACCCUGCUAUCAUGUAAAUGAUAGAGCUACAGCAUAGAUGACAUCACAGUAUCUUAUCAACAGAGCAUCAAUGACCCAACACAUGUAGGGACUUCCUGAUGUUCUCCCACUGAAAUAAUUUGAUCAUAGAAUAUUGAGGCUGGGGGGGGGGGUAAGUGAUUGACACAAAUGACACAAACAUUAAUUUUCACAAAGUCUGCUGCCUCAGUUUUGAUGAUGGCAAUUUGCAUAUACUCCAGAAUGUCAUGAAGAGUGAUCGGAUGAAUUGCAAUUAAUUGCAAAGUCCCUCUUUGCCAUGAAAAUGAACUUAAUCCCCAAAAAACACAUUUCCACUGCAUUUCAGCCCUGCCACAAAAGGACCAGCUGCAACACAGGUGAAAGUGUUGACGAGGACAAGGCUGGAGAUCACUCUGUCAUGCUGAUUGAGUUAAAAUAACAGACUGGAAGCUUUAAAAGGAGGGUGGUGCUUGAAAUCAUUGUUCUUCCUCUGUUAACCAUGGUUACCUGCUGUUACGUUCUCCCCCUCGGGUGGAGUUUGUCUGAGGAGGAGACGUAAAUGCCCGUGCCUACGCACACAAUGUAAACUAGAUGUAUGGGGAAGAAAUGUGGGAUGUAACUAACUAAAAUAACCAGAACUCAAUGUUAGCCCUCUGGGGACGUUUAGUAAGGUACUGAACAACAUAUACAACACCCAUAAAGAAACAGUAAUAAAACAAAGACCAAUCAAACAAACCAGGGAUGGUAAGAGAAGGGAAUGUUUGGGAACGGGGUCCAAGUAAUGAAAAUAAACAAAAGGUCCCUCCUCUUCUACACACCUAAUCCUUCCUAACAUACUCUAAGCCUUAACCAGCUCUCCUACCUGUUACCACAAAUACAGGGGUGACACCCCCCCGGCUACCCUAGUGUAUAAAACAGUGGAUUAUCUACGUGUGAAUGUACACCCAUGGACAGAACUACCUUUCCCUUCUCCAGGACCCAGGUAGGGUGGAACACAAACAAAGAUAAAUCAAAACAACCAAUAACCAAAUCCUCAGCCAAACAACCAAACAAAAAGUGCCCCCUCUCUCUCACACGACAAACAGUUUAUAUGCUCUAGUCAAUCAGUCACUCAACCACAGCUGCCAGGACACCGGACCGAAGCCACGCCCACCAUCGUCAGCCGCAACUCGGCACACCUGAAAUAACCAGAACACACCAACAGAACAACCACUCUGAACCACACACACACUACAAAGGAAGAUUGGGAGAAAGAAAAACAUGUCACACGUAACACCUGCAAGGAAACACAUGCCGUCAUCAUUGCUUUGCAUAAAAAGGGCUUCACAGGCAAGGAUAUUGCUGCUAGUAAGAUUGCACCUAAAUCAACCAUUUAUCAGAUCAUCAAGAACUUCAAGGACAGAGGUUCAAUUGCUGUGAAGAAGGCGUAAGGGCGCCCAAGAAAGUCCAGCAAGCGCCAGGACCGUCUCCUAAAGUUGAUUCAGCUGCGGGAUUGGGGCACCACCAGUGCAGAGCUUGCUCAGGAAUGGCAGCAGGCAGGUGUGAGUGCAUCUGCACGCACAGUGAGGCAAAGACUUGUGGAGGAUGGCCUGGUGUCAAGAAGGGCAGCAAAGAAGCCACUUCUCUUCAGGAAAAACAUCAGGGACAGACUGAUAUUCUGCAAAAGGUACAGGGAUUGGACUGCUGAGGACUGGGGUAAAGUCAUUUUCUCUGAUGAAUCCCCUUUCCGAUUGUUUGGGGCAUCCAGAAAACACCUUGUCCGGAGAAGACAAGGUGAGCUCUACCAUCAGUCCUGUGUCUUGCCAACAGUAAAGCAUCCUGAGACCAUUAAUGUGUGGGGUUGCUUCUCAGGCAAGGGAGUGGGCUCAUUCACAAUUUUGCCUAAGAACAGAGCCAUGAAUAAAGAAUGGUACCAACACAUCCUCCGAGAGCAACUUCUCCCAACCAUCCAAGAACUGUUUGGUGACAAACAAUGCCUUUUCCAGCAUGAUGGAGCACCUUGUCAUAAGGCAAAAGUGAUAACUAAGUGGCUCGGGGAACAAAACAUCGACAUUUUGGGUCCAUGGCCAGGAAACUCCCCAGACCUUAAUCCCGUUGAGAAUUUGUGGUCGAUCCUCAAGAGGCGGGUGGACAAACAAAACCCCACAAAUUCUGACAAACUCCAAGCAUUGAUUAUGCGAGAAUGGGCUACCAUCAGUCAGGAUGUGGCCCAGAAGUUAAUUGACAGCAUGCCAAGGCGGAUUGCAGAGGUCUUGAAAAAGAAGGGUCAACACUGCAAAUAUUGACUCUUUGCAUAAACUUAAUGUAAUUGUCAAUAAAAGCCUUGGACACAUAUGGAAUGCUUGUAAUUAUACUUCAGUAUACAAUAGUAACAUCUGACAAAAAUAUCUCAUAACACUGAAGCAGCGAACUUUGUGAAGACCAAUACUUGUGUCAUUCUCAAAACUUUUGACCACGACUGUACACUACAUGACCAACAGUAUGUGGACACCUGCUCGUUGAACCUCUCAUUCCAAAAUCAUUGGCAUUAAUAUGGAUGUGGUCCCCCCUUUGCUGCUAUAACAGCCUCCACUCUUCUGGGAAGGCUUUCCACUAGAUGUUGGAACAAUGCUGCGGGAACUUGCUUCCAUUAAGCCACAAGAGCAUUAGUGAGGUCGGGCACUGAUGUUGGGCGAUUAGGCCUCAUUCCAAUUCAUCCCAAAGGUGUUCAAUGGGUUUGAGGUCAGGGCUCUGUGCAGGCCAGUCAAGUUCUUCCACACCGAUCUCGACAAACCAUUUCUGUAUGGACCUCGCUUUGUGCACAGGGGCAUUGUCAUGCUGAAACAGGAAAGGGCCUUCCCCAAUCUGUUGCCACAAAGUUGGAAGCACAGAAUCGUCUAGAAUGUCAUUGUAUGCUGUAGCAUUAAGAUUUCACUUCACUGGAACUAAGGGGCCUAGCCCUAACCAUGGAAAACAGCCCCAGACCAUUAUUCCUACUCUACCAAACUUUACAGUUUGCACUAUGCAUUUGGGCAGGUAGUGUUCUCCUGCCAUCCGCCAAACCCAGAUUUGUCUGACGGACUGCCAGAUGGUGAAGUGUGAUUCAUUACUCCAGAGAACGCAUUUCCACUGCUCCAGAGUCCAAUGACGUCGAGCUUUACACCACUCCAGCCGACGCUUGGCAUUGCACAUGGUGAUCGUAGGUUUGUUUGCGGCUGCUUGGCCAUGGAAACCCAUUUCAUGAAGCUCCCGACGAACAGCUCUUGUGCUGACGUUGCUUCCAGAUGCAGUCUGGAACUCGGUAGUGAGUUUUGCAACCGAGGACAGACUAUUUUUACGCACUACGCACUUCAGAAGAACUGACUUGUUGGAACGGUGGCAUCCUAUGACGGUGCCACGUUGAAAGUCACUGAGCUCUUCAGUAAAGCCAUUCUACUGUCAAUGUUUGUCUAUGGUGAUUGCAUGGCUGUGUGCUCGAUUUUAUACACCCCUACCACUAAUUUGAAGGGGUGUCCACGUACUUUUGUAUAGUGUACAUUACCAGCAAAAAUAUUGUAAUCAGAUUACAGAUGCUUUUGAAAGAAAUGUAUGAUUACUUCUUGGAUUACUUUUAAAUUCAGAAAGGAUAUUUGCGAAGAAGAAAAAAAGACUGACACCUUUCUGUUUUCUCAAUGACAUUCAAUUCAGCAUUGAAAACGGCGCAAGUUUAAGUUUGUUGCACCUGAGUGAGUCUGAUCACAAGUCAGGAAAGCCAGAAAAAAUAUCCAUAUUUCAACCUACAGUGCAGUCGGAAAGUAUUCAGACCCCUUGACUUUUUCCACAUUGUUACAUAAGUAUUCAGACCCUUACUCAGUACUUUGUUGAAGCACCUAUGGCAGCGAUUACAGCCUCAAAUCUUCUUGGGUAUGACGCUACAAGCUUGGCACCUGUAUUUGGGGAGUUUGUCCCAUUCUUCUCUGGAGAUCCUCUCAAGCUCUGUCAGGUUGGAAGGGGAGCAUUGCUGCACAGCUAUUUUCAGGUCUCUCCAGAGAUGUUCGAUAGGGUUCAAAUCCGGGCUCUGGCUGGGCCACUCAAGGACAUUCAGAGACUUGUCCUGAAGCCACUCCUGCGUUGUCUUGGCUGUGUGCUUAGAGUCGUUGUCCUGUUGGAAGGUGAACCUUCACCCCAGUCUGAGGUCCUGAGCACUCUGGAGCAGGUUUUCAUCAAGGAUCUCUUUGAACUUUGCUCUGUUCAUCUUUCCCUCGAUCCUGACUAGUCUCCCAGUCCCUGCCACUGAAAAACAUCCCCACAGCAUGAUGCUGCCACCACCAUGCUUCACCGUGGGGAUGGUGCCAGAUUUCCUCCAGACGUGAUGCUUGACAUUCAGGCCACAUAGUUCAAUCUUGGUUUCAUCAGACCAGAGAAUCUUGUUUCUCAUGGUCUGUGAGUCCUUUAGGUGCCUUUUUGGCAAACUCCAAGCGGGCUGUCAUGUGCCUUUUACUGAGGAGUGGCUUCUGUCUGGCCAUAAAGGCCUGAUUGGUGGAGUGCUGCAGAGAUGGUUGUCCUUCUGGAAGGUUCUCCCAUCUCCACAGAGGAACUCUGGAGCUCUGUCAGAGUGGCCAUCGGGUUCCUGGUCACCUCCCUGACCAAGGCCCUUCUCCCCCGAUUGCUCAGUUUGGCCGGGCGGCCAGCCCCGAGAAGAGUCUUGGUUGUUACAAACUUCUUCCAUUUAAGAAUGAUGGAGGGAACUGUGUUCUUGGGGACCUUCAAUGCUGCAGACAUUUUUUGGUACUGUUCCCCAUAUCUGUGCCUCGACACAAUCCUGUCUCGGAGCUCUACGGACAAUUCCUUCGACCUCAUGGCUUGGUUUUUGCUCUGACAUGCACUGUCAACUGUGGGACCUUAUAUAGACAGGUGUGUGCCUUUCCAAAUCAUGUCCAAUCAAUUGAAUUGACCACAGGUGGAUUCCUAUCAAGUUGUAGAAACAUCUCAAGGAUGAUCAAUGGAAACAGGAUGCACCUGAGCUAAAUUUCAAGUCUUUUAGCAAAGGGUCUGAAUGCUUAUGGAAAUAAGGUAUCUGUUUUAUAUUUUGAAUACAUUUGAAAAAAAAUCUAAAAACCUGUUUUCGCUUUGUCAUUAUGGGGUAUUGUGUGUAGAUUGAUGAGGAAAAUAAUUAAUUUAAUCCAUUUUAGAAUAAGGCUGUAACGUAACAAAAUGUGGAAAAAGUCAAGGGGUCUGAAUACUUUCCGAAGACACUGUACGUGUGGUGAUAAUUGCGCUGUUAGCUCUAUAACCUGUUAGUUCGUAUGCCUUGCCACCGUGAUAUAUAGGCCUAAGGCCGAGACAAUAAGAAGUCAGUGGCAAAAUAAAUUCAACCACAUCUUUGUUUCAUCACAAAACCAGAGAGCAUCCUCUGUACGGUGAAGUCCACAAAGCAUAUUGCAUGUAACAAACAGUUGCAUGACCUACAAGCAAGUUAAUGUUUCCGACAUUUUCGGACUACUAAACAAUUAUUGAUUUAGAACCAUGGAGAGUUACCGCAAGUCGCAAAGAAAACAGGAGCUGCGUCCACUAUUCCAGUACCAUUUCAACUUCAACAUUUCAACAUCAUCAAAUCACCUAUGCUUAGUCUAAUACAGUGACAAAUCAAAUAUCCAUGGUUCUGAUUUCUCUCUCUCUGUGUGUGUGUGUGUGUGUGUGUGUGUGUGUGUGUGUGUGUGUGUGUGUGUGUGUGUGUGUGUGUGUGUUUGUGUGUGCGCGUGCACGCGCGCUCCUUGUCCCUCAGGGGGUCUCCUGCACUGGACAAAGACCUAUUCAGAGACCUCAGCCUCCCUGGCAGUGGAGAUCAGCUCCUACGUUCUGCUGGCUUCCCUCAGUGCCUCCCCUCUGUCUACCACUGACCUGGGCUACGCCUCCCGCAUCGUCAGGUGGCUGGUGAGGCAGCAGAAAGCCUACGGAGGCUUCUCCUCCACACAGGUAUACUUCCAAAACACCUCUGGUCCGAAAUGGCACCCUGUGCUGUGCACUAGUAAUGAGGCAUUAUUACCUUGACUUCACCACAGGCAUGUAUGUGCUUCUUGUCAUGUCAGGCCUGGCGAAACUAACUUCCACUGAAAUGGAGGCAAGAAAUCGUAAUGAAUGGAAAUGGGAAAUAGUCACUCUAGUAACUGAUCAAUGUAAAAAUCGACCCUUUUUGUAAAUGGGGUAUUUUCUUUAAUUUUACUGUGAUCUGUUGGUGUGGGUGUUUAGGACACAGUGGUGGCCCUCCAGGCCCUAGCUCUCUAUUCCACCAGGGUGUUCAGUAGAGAGGGCACCAACACAGUGACAGUACAGUCUCCCAGUGGGGGACAGCACCUCUUUGAUGUGAACCAAAACAACAAGCUGCUCUACCAGGAGAGGGCGAUGCAGGACACAGAAUGGAAGUACAGUGUGGAAAUGAAGGGCAGUGCUUGCACUUGUGCCUCAGUGCUGCUCAGUGAAAACACUCCUCACAAUCCCAUGGUGUAAAAUACAGUUUUAUAUAUUACUGUGAAGAAACAUUUUAGAAGCUUUGUCUGGCUUCUAGUUUAUGAAAUGUAAAACAAACAAAAAUAAAGCAUAUAAAAUGUAUAUUUUUAGACAACAUUGUUUCCCUGCCUUCUUCUUCCCUCUUUCCCAGGUGGCGCUCCACUACAACAUCCCUACUCCUAUUGACAGCACAACGCUCAGCAUCAAGGUGAAGCCAGAGGUCGACUGCAACAGCAACUCUGAGACCCAGAGUCACGCUAAAACUUCAAUCUCAGUAAGAAUGAAUGGCCAUUUGCAUUCACAGAAGCAUUCUUUGAAUUAGUUUAUCAUUGACACUCCAAAGUCUUAAUUUGGAGCAUGUGUUACAGAAUGCAUUUGACUCAAAUCACUUGGUUUCAUUAUACCUAUGUAUAGGUUAUUUAACUUCUAAUUUGUAGUUUGGCUUGGAUCAGUAAUAAAACAUAUAUCGUCUUUCUAUGGCUAAAAUAAUCAAAGUAUCCAUUCAUUUGAUUUUUACAAGCACUUGUCAAAAUCAAACUUUGAUAUCAGGCAUCUCUUUGCUUUCACAGAUAUCAUGGAAAGGAGCUGACCACCAAUAUGAUUAUAGUGGAUUUGAAAAUUCUGUCUGGGUUUCCCCCAGACCCAGACUCUUUGUGGAGGGUGAGUUUUUGUGAUAACAUACGUUUAUAGUGUUACCUGUGACCUUUUUCCAUGUAGUUCUUGCCUCUUUCAUCUGUGAACCUUUCUGAAACUGAACGUUUUUGUCCAUGCAAUAUGAAUAAUCAGUGAAUGGCACUUCUAGUGGAUCGUGUUUUCCUAAAGAUGACCAUGUGUUAAUGUACUUGACAUGGGUGAGACCAAACCAUCCAUCAGAUUGAAACAGUGUACAUAGUACUCGCAAUGGAAUUAAUUUAAAAUAAUAUAUAUAUUUUGAUGUACUUGAGGUGACAUAUCUCUACUCUGAAAUUAUUUGUGUAGAAUGUGCUUGAGUCAGUAAAACUGAAAUUACACUUCUGCUUGGAGGGUUUAAAUAAGUGUAAUCAAAAUGUUUGUUUUUUCUCCCAACAGUGUCGUGGAAAUACUUAUAAUAAUAAUAAUAAUAAUAAUAAUAAUAUGCCUUCUCAAAGAUAUCUCUCAGACACUGGAUCUUGUGAGUUCAGAAUAUACUUUAUUACAAAGUAACAAGCCGAGCUGGUCCGCGGAGCAACUGCCAGUCCCAGACUUGAAGUGCUCUUUUUAUACAGCUUCAUCUUUUCAUAUCAUAUCGGAACCCCCUCUUUAUCCAAACAGCCACUCUCCCUUGACCUUGAGCCACUAUGGUUUCUUUGUCUAGCCUCUUACCUGUCUAUGCCCAUGUCUGCUUGGUUUCCCGUCCUCUUGCCUGACUCUAUUGGUGGCGUGAUAAAGACAGUUCCUUUAAAAAUAAUAUACAUACAGUGAGGGAAAAAAGUAUUUGAUCCCCUGCUGAUUUUGUACGUUUGCCCACUGACAAAGACAUGAUCAGUCUAUAAUUUUAAUGGUAGGUUUAUUUGAACAGUGAGAGACAGAAUAACAACAACAAAAUCCAGAAAAACGCAUGUCAAAAAUCUUAUAAAUUGAUUUGCAUUUUAAUGAGGGAAAUAAGUAUUUGACCCCCUCUCAAUCAGAAAGAUUUCUGGCUCCCAGGUGUCUUUUAUUCAGGUAACGAGCUGAGAUUAGGAGCACACUCUUAAAGGGAGUGCUCCUAAUCUCAGUUUGUUACCUGUUUAAAAGACACCUGUCCACAGAAGCAAUCAAUCAAUCAGAUUCCAAACUCUCGACCAUGGCCAAGACCAAAGAGCUCUCCAAGGAUGUCAGGGACAAGAAUGUAGACCUACACAAGGCUGGAAUGGGCUACAAGACCAUCGCCAAGCAGCUUGGUGAGAAGGUGACAACAGUUGGUGCGAUUAUUUGCAAAUGGAAGAAACACAAAAGAACUGUCAAUCUCCCUCAGCCUGGGGCUCCAUGCAAGAUCUCACCUCGUAGUGUUGCAAUGAUCAUGAGAACGGUGAGGAAUCAGCCCAGAAGUACACAGGAGGAUCUUGUCAAUGAUCUCAAGGCAGCUGGGACCAUAGUCACCAAGAAAACAAUUGGUAACACACUACGCCGUGAAGGACUGAAAUCCUGCACCGCCCGCAAGGUCCCCCUGCUCAAGAAAGCACAUAUACAGGCCCGUCUGAAGUUUGCCAAUUAACAUCUGAAUGAUUCAGAGGAGAACUGGGUGAAAGUGUUGUGGUCAGAUGAGACCAAAAUCGAGCUCUUUGCCAUCAACUCAACUCGCCGUGUUUGGAGGAGGAGGAAUGCUGCCUAUGACCCCAAGAACUCCAUCCCCACCGUCAAACAUGGAGGUGGAAACAUUAUGCUUUGGGGGUGUUUUUCUGCUAAGGGGACAGGACAACUUCACCGCAUCAAAGGGACGAUGGACGGGGCCAUGUAUCGUCAAAUCUUGGGUGAGAACCUCCUUCCCUCAGCCAGGGCAUUGAAAAUGGGUCGUGGAUGGGUAUUCCAGCAUGACAAUGACCCAAAACACACACGGCCAAGGUAACAAAGGAGUGGCUCAAGAAGAAGCACAUUAAGGUCCUGGAGUGGCCUAGCCAGUCUCCAGACCUUAAUCCCAUAGAAAAUCUGUGGAGGAAGCUGAAGGUUCGAGUUGCCAAACGUCAGCCUCGAAACCUUAAUGACAUGGAGAAGAUAUGCAAAGAGGAGUGGGACAAAAUUCCUCCUGAGAUGUUUGCAAACCUGGUGGCCAACUACAAGAAACGUCUGACCUCUGUGAUUGCCAACAAGGGUUUUGCUACUAAGUACUAAGUCAUGUUUUGCAGAGGGGUCAAAUACUUAUUUCCCUCAUUAAAAUGCAAAUCAAUUUAUAACAUUUUUGACAUGCAUUUUUCUGGAUUUUUUUGUUGUUAUUCUGUCUCUCACUGUUCAAAUAAACCUACCAUUAAAAUUAUAGACUGGUCAUGUCUUUGUCAGUGGGCAAACGUACAAAAUCAGCAGGGGAUCAAAUACUUGUUUCCCUCACUGUACACACCUGAUGAUAAUUAUAUAGUACACUGAUUACUGCAGUCACAAUGUGGUUGUCCAGUCAUGCAUCUGGAUUACAAAAUAUGUUUCAUAAUAUGUUUCAUACAUCAUAUGUUUCAAAAUAUGUUUAAUACAUCAUAGACAGGUGUAGUCACUAAUCCUCUUUUAAACCCAUAAUGAUUCUGCUUAUUGUUAAAUGAUUUUAUAAUAUAUGUAAUGGAAAAAUUCCUAUAAUAGUUACCAUCACUAUUCCAACCUUUCAACCACACCCUGGACAUCAUACAGGAGCUCCCAGUACAGAAUCUAAAGCCUGCGGUGGUCAAGAUCUACGACUACUACCAGCCAGGUAAGUUUAUAUCUAACCUUCCCCAAGAUGUAUUUUUCCCUCUUCUUUUUAGUAACAUUUAGUUAA